AAAUCGAAGGGGAUAAAACAUGGGGUCUCAAACUCUACAGAUCCUCAGGCAAGGGGUCUGGGCUUCAAUCACAGGCGGAUGGUACUAUGAUCCCCAUCAAAAUACAUUUGUCAAUGCUCUACACCUCUACCUCUGGCUAUUCCUACUAUGUUUCCCCUUCACGCUUUACAUGGCACUCCCACCCACCAUGGUGAUAGUAGGGAUCUACUGUGGUGUGAUAGCUGGUAUGUUCCUGCUGCUGAAGACUGUGAACUACCGGCUGCAUCAUGCCCUGGACGAGGGAGAGGUGGUGGAGCACCGGGCCAAGGAGAAAGAGAGCAACAGAACCAGCAGCGAGGGGGCCAACGAGGGAGACGCCACACGUCAGGAGGACAGUAAUGGACCAGGGGACCCUGGUGGGGGUCUAGAGAUGGCAGACUUCAUUCGAGAUGAGACUCCACCAGUAGACUGCAGCUCCAGAAACUCUUAUACAGGGAUGGACUCCUGCCACCAGAUUGCGUCCGCCAAUGGCCACGGAGGAACCACGACAGCCAAAGACAUGAUGUCUGACCCAAAGAUUUACUGCCUUGUCUCCAGCCACUCCUUCGCCUCCAUGCAGCCCUCCACCUCCCUUGGCCCCUCCGAGCUCUCCUGCGACCCUGCAAACCAUUGUGGCUCCGCCUCCCACCCCUUCAGCCAAUCCAUGUCCUCUUGCGACACAGAGGGGUCGGCCCACACCCCCGGGUUACAUUCCCAGUCCUUCAGGAAGGAGCCUCGUACCCGGGGUCUACCCCGCACGUCCAGCUCUGCUGGAUCAGCCUUCCCCGACCCCUCCCUGCCCUCAGCUGACUUCAGCCUCUACCCCCCUCCUUGGAGAGGGGGCCUGGACCCGGUGUGUGAGCUGGAAGCUGCCAGACCCCACCGGCCAGGGGCUGAAGCUGGAGGACAGGGGAUUACGGAGGGGGCUGCGGCUGAAAGGCUCUGCCAGCAGCAUCCGGACCAGGCCUCUACCUCUGGCUGCUCCACAGCCUGCUACAGACACCAGCAGGAACCCUGCAGGCUAGGGCUGGCAGGGGAGGGGGGGUCAGGUUUGUACCAGGCCGACCAGGGUGGUGGUGGUGGGGGGAAGGUCAGUGCAGACAGCCUCCGCAGCUUGAGCACACGUAGCAGCGGCUCCACAGAGAGCUACUGCAGCGGGACAGACAGAGACACCAACAGCACCGUCAGCAGCUUCCACAGCGAGCAGACCAGCUCCACGCACGUGGAGAGUUUACUGUCCCUGUCAGGGGAUGAGCAGCGCGGGACAGGGAGGGAGAGGGGAGGUGGGGAGGCUGCUGCUACUGGGCCCGGGUCCACCUCGACAGGGGAGGGCAGGACUUCUACUCUGGGGUCCAGCCUUGGUUCGAGCAUCUCAAGAGGACCAAACAGCCUGCCUUCCAGGGAGGCUAAUAAGAACCCUCAUGCCAAUGAGCUAACAGCCAAACAGCCCUUCUCCUCCGCCACGUCCCCCUCUAUCACCAACCCCCCAUCCUCGGGCCAGGAGCCUCCAGCAGGCCCCUCCUGCAGCAGUAGCACGAGGACCAGUGUUGACGGCUCGGCCUGCACAGCCAACAGGGAACAGGACCGGGGGAGAGGAGAGAAAGAGGACGUGAAAUCCGCCAACCUCGUCCAACGAACUUCUUCCUCCUUGGGAGCCGGGCGCAACAGCGGGCGCCGCCGGACCGGUAAGAAACGGGCGAGCAGCUUCGAUGCCAGCCGUCACCGGGACUACAUGUCUUUGCGUGGAGUGGCCAAGCCGCGCAGUACGGUAUUCGCUGCCGGGGGUGGGGAGGAGGAGUGGAGCGAAGCCAGUGACCUUAGCUGUGCCUCCAGCCUUCAGUCCACCCAAUCACAUCACUUCAGCACGGACUCCUCCUCAUCCACCACUUCCCACUCCUGCCACUCCCCCGAGGGACGCUACCGUGCCCUGAAAGUCAAGCACAGCCACUCCCACUCCCACAGCCACUCCCACACAGCCGCCACCACCGCCUCCACCUCCUCCUCUUCACAGAAAGCCCAGGCUGAAUAUGAGACGGGGGGAGGGAGGGCCGGGGGAAGAGGCAAGCGUCGCACCUCUGGUCGGACACCCAGCACGGGCAGCGCCAAAACCCACGCCCGGGUGCUGAGCCUGGACAGCGGCACGACGGCGUCCGCAUGCCUUAACGACCCCCACCGCCUGGGGGCCCCCGCCGCCGGGCUCCGACCCCUCACCACCUCCAAAUCUGACCUGGAAGCCAAAGAGGGGGAGGUCCUGGACGCUGCGUCCCUAUUGGGCAGGGCCUCACAGCUGGAGUCAGUGACCAGGUCCAGGAAUAGUCUACCCAGCCAAACAGCCUUCUCUUCAGAGCCCCUGGACGCUCCCACUGCCGGCCCUUCACGAG